UCUCCCGCCACUUCAGAGAGCCAUGAAAUCACUUCUUCAAGCUCUUCCCUAACUGUUCCAGUCACGGAUUAUCUGUUUCGCCCCAAAAAAUCUUCAAUCAAACCACGAGAAUUUCAUCUUUAGGAAGGAAAACAACUCACAUUUGCAGUGGGGAAAUGAGAAUCAGCUCCCUCAAAAACCUAGCAAAACGCGCCGCCGCGGAUCAACACUCCCGGUGGCGCUCCUCCGCCUAUCCCGUUUCCGGCGUCUCUGCUCAAUCGCAGUUUCUGCAACAAUGCCGAUGUUAUUACUCUCGAUCUCACAGCAACCAGCUCAGUACAACUAGGGUUUCGAAUGCUCCGUUUUGUCACCUCUUCCCGUUUCUCCGGAAAUCGUAUUCGUCCUCGUCGUCUUCGAAUUCGAAGAAGGGGGUUUUGGCGUGGUAUUUGGGAAUGCUGGACUCGCGUCCCAUUCUCACGAAGAGCAUAUCUUCUGGUCUUAUAUACGCUGCCGCCGACUCCACCUCCCAGAUGAUUACAAUGUCACCUUCGGACUCGUUAGAUAAUAUCAGGGUGCUGCGCAUGGCGAGCUUUGGGCUACUUAUUUUGGGACCAGUUCAACAUGCUUGGUUUAACCUUUUGGGGAGAAAAUUGCCUAGACGAGAUGUGGCAACUACCUUGAAGAAAUUGGUGCUGGGGCAGCUUGUUUUGGGACCAUGUAUUACUGGGACUUUCUUCUCUUUCAACGCCAGCUUGCAAGGUGAAAGUGGAAAGGAGAUUGCUGCAAGGUUAAAGCGUGACUUGCUGCCAACAUUGAUGUCUGGUCUCAUGUACUGGCCAGUCUGUGAUUUCUUGACAUACAAAGUAAUCCCAGUCCAUUUGCAGCCAUUGAUGAACAGUUCAUGUUCAUACAUAUGGACCAUUUAUCUGACAUACAUGGCAAGUUUGAAGAAAGCUGUUACAGAUUAGUUUCUGAGCCUAAUUGCAAAGUUCAUCACAGCAUGAAGAAUUGAGUAAUUAUAGAGAAGUUCAGCAG